UUGUCUGCGCACUGCGCGGUGCACGGCGCACAGCUGCGCACAGCUGCGUCGAUCCAGCCAUGGUCUGUGGCGACUGUGCCCGCCUGGCUGCGGGAACAGCGCUCUUCACCAAACUUUGGCGUCGGAUGCGUCUGGGGCGGAAGAAUUCCAUGGGCCUGCUCACAACCCUUUUUGUCGUACGAGUUGCACAAAUUGGGCAGCUGCAACGUUGGGGAGUUCUUGUUGCGAACCUUUCUGACGAUCUGUUCUCCCUGUCGGCAGCCAUCCUUGUCAUAGCUUUGGUUCUGCUACCAGUUCCACGGAUCUUGCUCAUUGGACCAGCCUUUCUCGUGCUGCUCAUGUCCGGAGUGGAGCUGAACCCGGGUCUUUUCUUUGGCGCCUUGUUUUGGGUGAUGCAAACUCUGCAGUUGGUGUCUGAGAUGCUGUGCGGCUUCAAGGAGUUUCUUCUCUGCUCUCUGAGCUCAUGGAAGUCCAUCCUCCCAUGGCACCACUGGGAACCGGCACAUCAAGGCCGGUUCGUGGACUACUUUGCAGCAGUGGUUUUUCUGCUUUGGGUGGCCAGUGUGGGGUACUCCUUCGUUGGAUUGAGGUUGGAGCGCUUUGUGGCAAAGCAAACGCUGCGGAGCCGUUUGCAAAGUGCUUUGCAGAGCCCCUUCCACGCCACCUUCAAAGAAGCCACCUUUCGUCGCAGAAGGGAGAGCUCCUUUUUGAGUGAUGGGGCUCCUCGGCCGAUGCGACGAACCUUCUCAGGGCAAUUCCUCCAGCGAACGCUCUCGGAAGAACAGAUGGAAACUUUCCGAGAGAAGCAUCUUUUAUUGCUGGAAGCACGACGAAGCCUACUGGAAGAGGAGGAAAACGACUUUCCAGAGGAGAUGCUGCCUGAUUGCUUUGAAAUUCGGGUCUCGCGGAGCCAUGUGCUGGAGGAAAGUUAUCAGAUCCUCCAAGAGGCGCCGCGAUUUGAAUUCUUGGCCCCGACUCUGAGUGUCCGAUAUGCAGGAGAAGAUGGUCAAGAUGAAGGAGGAGUCACACAGGACUGGUUCUCGGCUGUUGGGCAUGCCUUGACUGAUGGUUCAGGUGACGACAAGAGUACUUCUGUCUUCGCCAUGGGCAAAAGCAGCAGGAUGCUGAUUCCCCGCCCAGUGGGACAGGAUGCUGAAGGUAGAGAAGGCCGCUUUCGAGAUCUCCUCCUGGCGGGCCGCUUCUUGGCCCUGGCUGUUCUGCAUGGAGGACGACCGCUUCCCUUGCCCCUCUCACCGCUCGUGUGCAAGUACAUGGUGAGCAAGCCCGUGGACCUUGAUGAUGUGAAAUGUUUAGAUCCUGAUUUUUACCGACAGCGUGUGGCGCCACUGCUGCGGCCGGAAGGCCUCGCGGAGGUCGAAGCCGCGCUGGGCGAGCCGCUGACGUUCGUGUCCGCGCCCACAGAGCUACGGCCCGCUGAGGAGCUUCAACCCGGCGGAGCCGAGCAAGUGGUCACUGAGGACAAUUUGGACAGAUACUUGACGCUUCUUUGUGAAGCUUUUCUUUGCAGUGAAUUGCGAGAAGAACUCCAGUGCUUGCUGAAGGGCUUUUGGGAUGUUCUGCCGCUGGCAACGUUGCAGAAAGCCGGUGUGGAGGCUAGCGACUUGUCCAUGCUGCUCAUGGGCUCUCAUAGCCUUGAUUUGAUGGAAUGGCGUCGCCACACUGAGGAGGUGGAGGGUUCUGGAGGUCUGGUCCUCUUGUGGUUCUGGGAGGUUUUGAAGGACUUCAACGAGGAGCAGCGCCGUUUGCUCCUGCGCUUUUGCACGGGCUCCUCACGGGUUCCGCCCGGCGGCUUCGCCGAGUUACAGCCAAACUUCGCGGUGGAGGUGAGCGAUGCUGGCUCACCAGAGCAUUUACCGCAUGCGCACACCUGCAUCAACAAGCUGGUUCUACACAAGUACACUUCAAAAGGGCAGCUGCAUGAAAAGCUUUUGCAUGCAUUGCCCACUGAAGGCUUCCAAUUUGCAUAGACAUGUCCAGUGCACGCAGUGCCACCGAGUGAAGAUAUCGAUGCCAAGCAUGCCAGGACAAUGUGUCUUGCACCGUACAGAAUUUCAAUUGCCAGAAGAGUAAAGGUCCUUUGGACCUAACACGGCUUGCUUCGCUGUGUCGAACUUCAAAAGACAAC